GGUGUGGUUAGUAAUAUAACAGAAUCAGAUCCAUGGCAAGGUUCUCAGAGCAUAGAGCGCCAUGUCUGCUACUCCUUGUGUUUCUUCUCCACUCAUCUCUGCGAUUGCAGCUGUCGCAAGGGCUCGAACAAAGACGGGUAUACAUCGUCUACCUUGGGCAGAGGCAACAUGAAGAUGUCAGUCUCGUCACCUCUUUGCACCACGACUUGCUCGCUUCCGUUCUCGGAAGCAAGGAGGCGGCUCUCGAAUCGAUUGUCCACAGCUACAGAUAUGGUUUCUCGGGCUUUUCUGCAAUGCUUACUGAAUCACAAGCGAGAAAGAUCCAGACGCUGCCUGGAGUGGUGAGUGUGAAAGAGAACACAAUGGUACGCAUGCAUACUACUCGGAGCUGGGAUUUCCUUGGGCUGUCCAUGGGCGUGGACAUCAAGCAGGAGCAGCAGCCAAAUGAGCUCCUUGCAGCAGCAAACCAUGGAGAUGGGAUGAUAAUCGGUGUCAUCGACUCAGGUGUUUGGCCUGAGUCACAGAGCUUCGCUGAUGAUGGCUAUGGACCUCCUCCUUCAAAAUGGAAGGGAACUUGCCAAGCCGGUGCCAACUUCAGUGCCCACGAUUGCAAUCGAAAGCUCAUCGGUGCGCGGUGGUAUGCUGGCGCUGACAUCGACAGGAGAUCUCUCCAAAGUGACUUCCUGUCUGCCAGGGAUUCUCAUGGCCACGGCACCCACACAGCCUCCACAGCCGGUGGCAACGUCGUCCACAACACCAGCUUCUUCGGACUGGCUGCUGGAACGGCUCGUGGUGGCGCACCUCGCGCCCGGAUAGCAGUGUACAAGGCUUGCUGGGGUUCUUGCUCUAUCGCGAGCGUUCUGAAAGGCAUCGAUCAUGCUAUCCAUGACGGUGUUGACGUCCUAUCGCUCUCUCUCGGAAGCACGAACGAAAUGGCAGCACUAGGAACGCUGGGUGCGGUGGCAAGAGGCAUCCCGGUUAUCAUGGCAGGCGGAAAUGAUGGACCUACAGAAGAAACGGUGGAGAAUUCUUCACCAUGGCUACUCACGGUUGCUGCAACCACGGUUGAUCGAUCAUUCCUCACGGUUAUCACCCUCGGGGAUAACCGACAGUUUGUGGCACAAUCCAUGUAUGUGGCAGAUAAAGGUGGAGAUGAGUUCUCUGAACUUCUGUAUUACUUUAAGGAUAGGUGUGACCCGGACUACAUAAACAGCACUGACAUACACGGGAAGGUGGUAUUCUGCUACACACCAGGACCGGGUAGUGUCUCUGCACCACCCAAGUAUGCAGAUAUUGCAGCGACGGUGCAGAGAAAUGGAGGGAAGGGAUUUAUAUUCUCACAGAAUAAUCUGGACUCUCUUGAUCUAUAUGCAAUUAAAGGACCGGCCCUUCCUUGCGUUCCUCUCGACUUCAAGACUAGCUAUCAGAUUGCUGUGUACUGCAAUCGCAUUGGCAUCCCAAAAAUAAAGAUAUCAACAACCCGAACAACCAGCGGAAGUGAAGUUGUUGCCCCAAGAAUAGCAGCUUUCUCAUCAAGGGGACCUAGUCCUAUCUAUCCUGGGGUUCUCAAGCCUGAUAUCGCUGCACCUGGGGUGUACAUUUUGGCCGCUGCAGCACAAAGUGGUGCUUACAAAAGUCUAGGUGUUUCCUAUGUCUUUGAUUCUGGAACGUCCAUGGCCUGCCCUCAUAUAUCUGGGAUAGUCGCUCUACUCAAAUCCGUUCAUCCUGACUGGUCCCCUGCCGCCCUAAAAUCAGCACUAAUGACAACCGCACAUACCAUGGACCGUAAUGGGGUUCCAAUAGAAGCAAAUGGAAAUCGUGCAAAGAUCGCCGACCCGUUUGAUUACGGAGCAGGGUCUGUUAAUCCAACCAAGGCAGCUGAUCCAGGCCUGAUAUAUGACAUCAGUGCGUCAGAUUACCUCGAGUUUUUCAACUGUCCACAAGGAUUUGGUUCAAAUAACAAUUGCACACCACCUGACUUGAACCUCCCAUCGAUUGCCAUUCCUGGCCUCAAGACAUCUGUGACGGUUGUGCGCACUGUUACCAAUGUUGGCCAGCCGAAUGCGGUGUACAAGGCAUUCAUGGAGCCUCCACCUGGCGUCAAGAUGGCUGUGGAGCCAGCAGUGCUGGUGUUCAGCAACGCAAGGAGGGUGCAGAGUUUCAAGGUGACUUUCAGGGCCACCCGAAGGAUCCAGGGCAGCUACACCUUCGGUAGCUUGGCAUGGCAUGAUGGAGGCGCCCACCUGGUUCGGAUCCCGAUUGCAGUUCGUGUGGUGAUUGAAGAGCUCUACUCAGAUGCCUCCUAAGUGGGGACGUUACAUGCGGUUCAACUGUAUAAAAUAAAUGACGACUGGAUCUGUAUCUGUGUUUUUUUCCAAACUCCCACUAUGUCUGUGGUGAUUAGUGCCCGUUCCUAUGGUAUGUGAACAUUUAUGUCAGUAUGAAAACUUGACAUAAGUUUGUAUGGUACCGGAAUAAGGAAAUCCACCCGCAACUAGCAAGAUUUUCUGCCUUGCUGCUAGCAAUGGUAACUCCCUUAAUGUUAAAA